AUGGGGUUUCUUUGGAACUACUUCGUAGCACUCAUAUUCGUUGAGAUGUCGGUUUUAGUCAUCGUAGAUGUGAUUUUAAGUUCAAUGUGGAACAUUAAAGGUGAGUCUGCGUUAGGUUACUAUGCGAUUUCAUUGGUUCAUGGUAUUUUAGGUUUAGGGGCAGACAACCUUGAUAAUAUUGCAAUACGAUUUCACUUUGGUUGUUAUUUUCAUACUGCAAAUGGUCAUGUGCAUUAUGUGGGUGGACAAAUUGCUGAGUCUUGGAUUGACGUGGACAAGCUGUCAUAUUUUGAGAUCAAGGGGCACCUGGGUGAUCAUUUAACCUCAAAAAGUAUCUUGUGGCUGUAUUGGCUGCAGCCUAGGAUGGAUUUGGGGGCUGGGUUGGUCCUAUUGUUAGAUGAUGCUUCCAGCAAGGUCAUGAUUGAUUAUCACACAGAUGGUGGGGCAGUGGAUAUGUAUGCUGAGGAGAAGUGGCGCAUACUGUUGAAGGUGGAGGAUGAAAGUUACAUGGACAGCAAAGAUCAAGCUCGAGUUGCUCACCUUGGAAGCAGCUUGAAGCGGCGGUGCGAUGGCGCGGCCUGCCGUCCGCUGGGGAGAAAACCAGUGGGCGUGGCGAGGCAUGACGAAACGACGAUGGCGAGUAGUAGCGGCGAACAGAGGCAGUACGGCUCGCUGCCUGAUCCCAGGACGAAUGGGGAGGACGUGACGCGGCAGCAAGCGAUCAGGAAGAAGAGAAGAAAGGGUAACACCGGCUGGCCGCGGCUCCAAGGGGCGUGCUGCCCAUCCCAGCAGGCAGCCCGAGCCAGAAAUGUUCCGCGUAAUGUUUUGGCCAUGAGAGAGAGGGGACAGGGUUUUACUAACCCAUGCUCGGAGGAGAGAAGUCUCUUGGAUGAAUAG